AUGCUAAAAGACAUACUCGAAACAUUUACUCGGCUCCGAAGCAUCAACAUGAAAUUAAAUCCGAAAAAAUGUACAUUCGGGGUAGAAGAAGGCAAGUUUCUCGGAGUCAUGGUCGGGUCAAAAGGCUUACGAGCCAACCCUGACAAGAUUGACGCUGUUCUUACAAUGAAGCCCCCAACAUCGGUUAAAGAAAUUCAGUCCUUAAAUGGACGAUUGGCUGCUCUCCAUCGGUUUUUGUCAAAAGCUGCAGACCGAUCGCUCCCAUUCAUGGACGUUCUCAGAAAGAGCUUUAGAUCAGAGUUUAAAUGGACGGGAGAGGCCGCACGAGCUUUCGAAGAGCUUAAAACAUGUUUGGGCACCUUGCCAACUCUCACCGUUCCAGAAGAAGAUGAGGUAUUAACGGUAUAUUUAGCCGCAUCGUUCGGAGCCAUUAGCGCGGUAUUAGUUGCCCACCGAACUGGAAAACAAAUCCCCAUUUAUUAUGUAAGCCGAACGUUAAAAGACUACGAAACAAGAUAUUCAAACUUGGAAAAAUUAGCCUUGGCCCUAGUCCAUGCUUCAAGAAGGCUUCGCCGAUACUUUCAGGCCCAUCCAAUUGAGGUACGAACGGACCAGAGAAUCCAACACGUUCUCCGACGACCCGAGGUCUCAGGCCGAAUGGCGAAAUGGGCGAUUGAGUUGGGCGCAUUCAACAUCACCUUUCGAACUAAAGGUCCGUUGAAAGGACAAGUGAUAGCGGAUUUUUUGGUCGAAAUACCAGAGGAGAAAGGAAUUGAAGAGGCAGAUAAAGCUCCAGAGAAGCCAUGGUCCUUGUAUACCGACGGUGCCUCUAGUGCCGAAGGAUCAGGAGCGGGCCUAAUUCUCACCGAUCCCGACGGAACGGACGUAACGUAUGCGCUCCGGCUAGAAUUCAAGAGUUCCAACAACGAGGCUGAGUAUGAAGCCCUCUUAGCUGGCCUACGCCUAGCACAGAGAGUCGGAGCAAAGAAUGUUAUAGCCCAUGUAGAUUCGCUGCUCGUAGCAAAUCAGGUAAAUGGAGAAUACGAGGCGAGGGAAGCAAACAUGAUCGAGUAUCUCGAACAAGUAAGGCAGGCAAUGGCUUCGUUCGAAGCAUGUAGGGUCGAGCAUAUCCCCCGUAGCAAAAACAAAAAGGCGGAUGCGUUGAGCAAGUUGGCAUCGGUAUCAUUCAGUCACCUAGCCAAAGAAGUAAGAGUGGAAGUUUUAGCUGCACCGUCAAUCGCAGCUCCGCAAGUAAUGCAGGUCGAAGCUCCACCACAAACAUGGAUGACGCCGAUAAUUAACUAUCUGGUGCAUGACGUUCUGCCAACCGACAAAGCGGAAGCAAGAAAGAUUCAGAUCAACUCCCUCCAGUAUCAGAUGCAGGAAGGAGGUUUGUACCGAAAGACCUUUCUCGGACCGUUGCUAAAAUGUCUGGACCCGGAGCAAGCUAGUUAUAUCAUCCGGGAAAUACACUAUGGCAUCUGUGGUAUCCACGCCGGACCCAAAAUGAUCGUAACAAAGGUAAAAAACGCAGGGUACUACUGGCCCGGGAUGCAUGAAAGCGCCGUUAAAGAGCUCCAACAAUGUGACGAAUGUCAAAGGCACGCACCAAUCAGCCUCCGAGCUAAAAACGAAAUGAUACCAGUAACCGCCGCAUGGCCCUUCCAAAAAUGGGGCGUUGAUAUCGUCGGACCUUUUCCGAGAUCAAGCGGAAGCGCUCAAUAUCUGUUGGUCGCGGUGGAUUAUUUCACCAAGUGGGUAGAAGCUCGGCCGUUUACAACCAUUUCCGGCUAUAAUGUAACAUGA